ACUUCCGUCCUCAAGACUUUCUCCCUAGAGGCCGGGUAUCAGAGACCAGCUGCCCGCUCUCUGAGCUACUUCCCAGGUUUGGCGCCUGGAAAAGUUCACAUUCUGCAUUCUCCUGCUCCUGGCUCCGCCCUGGCUCCAGACCCUGCGUUCUUCUGGCCUUAGCCGGGACAAGCCACCCCUUUCCCUGCUGCCUCUGGCGCGAGGGUGCUGGGACAUCUCUGAGCCAGCUCUGGGCCCAACCAAGGUUGGCAGCAAAUAUCAAGUGUCGCUCUCUAGAGGAACACGGAUACUCGCUUCAGAGGCUGUCUUCUGAGCUCAGACUUUUCUGAGUAGCGCUGAGCGCAGCAGGGGAGUUCUUUGCUGCAGUUGUCGCUCAGUGCUUGGAAGGCCCGGGUCGCAGCACACACGGUGGUGUCCCACUGAGUCAACUUCGGGACUGUGCGGGAACGUGAACUUGGAGACACUUUUGAGCCUCGUCAAUCAGAAAGGGGAACUUAGCAGCCGAGCUGAUCCCCCAAAGCACAGCCACGGUCCCCAAAACACCAAGAGGGUGCACUGGGAAGCAGUCGGACAGCUGAGCCAGGGUGCUCCAGAGGACUUUUCACCGCGCCGGGAGCACCAAGGAUCCGCUCAGGGCGGACUCUCAGGCAGCCUCCUCCCUAGCCCUCGGGAUUGUCCUCAGGCCACGAGGAGGAGCUUGCUGGAGAUUUCGAGGCUGUCCAGAGCCAGAGAGCCGGAGCGCAGCGUCUCCCGCCUUCAGCUGGGAAGGGGGAGUGGCGCUGGCGGGUUGGAGCUGAGAUCUCGGCUAGUCACUGACCUCCUUCCUCCUCUUCCUUAGCCUCUUUGAGACUUGGACUCCUGGGGAAGAUUCUAGAGACAGUAAAGGGACCCGGAUCCCUUGUUUCCUAGAAGGCUGGGGAUGGAGCUCCUGUUUCUGCCUCCGCAGGGACACUUGGAGCGCGCUGGUGGCGCGUGAACGGGGCACUGCUUUCCACCUUCCUCGGCGAGCCCCGCCUGGCAGUUUUUCCCUACUCUACUUCGGCCACUUGUUUUCUCAGGUUACAGUCUCCAGCGAUCUAGGAGGGAAGACGAGAAGAAGGUGGCCCUCAGACCCAGCCCCGCCGAGAUGUCCGCGCAGAGCCUGCUGCACAGUGUCUUCUCCUGCUCCUCGCCCGCGUCGGGCGGCACGGCCUCGGCCAAGGGAUUCUCCAAAAGGAAGCUGCGCCAGACGCGCAGCCUGGACCCAGCCCUGAUCGGUGGCUGCGGGAGCGAGAUGGGCGCCGAGGGCGGCCUGCGGGGCUCCACAGUAAGCCGCCUCCACUCUCCACAGCUCUUAGCAGAGGGUCUCGGUUCCCGCCUAGCUUCUUCUCCCCGGAGUCAGCAUCUUCGGGGUACCCGGUUCCAGACUCCGAGACCUCUGUGCUCGUCUUUUUCCACACCUAGCACCCCGCAAGAAAAGUCGCCUUCUGGCAGCUUCCACUUUGACUACGAGGUCCCACUGAGUCGCAGUGGUCUCAAGAAGAGCAUGGGCUGGGACUUGCCUUCUGUCCUGGCCGGGUCCGCAAGUAGCCGCAGUCCCGCAAGCAUCCUCAGUUCCUCCGGGGGAGGCCCCAAUGGCAUCUUCUCUUCUCCUAGGAGAUGGCUCCAGCAGAGGAAGUUCCAGGCUCCACCUAACAGUCGCAGUCACCCUUAUGUCGUGUGGAGGUCCGAGGGUGACUUCACCUGGAACAGCAUGUCUGGUCGUAGUGUGCGCCUGAGGUCAGUCCCCAUCCAGAGCCUCUCAGAGCUGGAGCGGGCAAGACUGCAGGAAGUGGCUUUUUAUCAGUUGCAGCAGGACUGUGACCUGGGCUGUCAGAUCACCAUCCCCAAAGAUGGACAAAAGAGAAAGAAAUCUUUGAGAAAGAAACUGGAUUCAUUAGGGAAGGAAAAGAACAAAGACAAAGAAUUCAUCCCACAGGCAUUUGGAAUGCCCUUAUCCCAAGUCAUUGCUAAUGACCGGGCAUAUAAACUGAAGCAAGAUUUGCAAAGGGAGGAGCAGAAGGAUGCAUCAUCGGAUUUUGUGUCUUCCCUCCUCCCAUUUGGGAAUAAAAAACAAAACAAAGAACUCUCAAGCAGUAACUCAUCUCUCAGCUCAACCUCAGAAACACCAAAUGAGUCUACAUCACCGAAUACUCCGGAACCAGCUCCUCGGGCCAGGAGAAGGGGCGCCAUGUCUGUGGAUUCCAUCACUGAUCUGGAUGACAACCAGUCUCGACUCCUAGAAGCUUUACAACUCUCCUUGCCUGCUGAGGCUCAGAGUAAAAAAGAAAAGGCCAGAGAUAAGAAGCUGAGUUUGAAUCCUAUUUACAGGCAGGUCCCCAGGCUGGUGGACAGCUGCUGUCAGCAUCUGGAAAAACAUGGCCUCCAGACAGUGGGGAUAUUCCGAGUUGGAAGCUCAAAGAAGAGAGUAAGACAAUUGCGUGAAGAAUUUGACCGUGGGGUUGAUGUCUGUCUGGAAGAGGAGCACAGUGUUCAUGAUGUGGCUGCCUUGUUAAAGGAGUUCCUCAGAGACAUGCCUGACCCCCUUCUCACAAGGGAGCUGUACACUGCAUUUAUCAACACUCUUCUGUUGGAGCCUGAGGAACAACUGGGCACCUUGCAACUCCUCAUUUACCUUCUACCUCCCUGCAACUGCGACACCCUCCACCGCCUCCUACAGUUCCUCUCCAUUGUGGCCAUGCAUGCCGAUGAUAAUGUCAGCAAAGAUGGACAAGAGGUUACUGGGAACAAAAUGACAUCUCUGAAUUUGGCCACCAUAUUUGGACCCAACCUGCUCCACAAGCAGAAGUCAUCAGACAAAGAAUAUUCUGUUCAGAGCUCAGCCAGAGCUGAAGAGAGCACGGCCAUCAUAGCUGUGGUACAGAAGAUGAUUGAAAAUUAUGAAGCCCUGUUCAUGGUUCCCCCAGAUCUCCAGAAUGAAGUGCUGAUCAGCCUUCUGGAGACAGAUCCGGAUGUUGUGGACUACUUGCUCAGAAGAAAGGCUUCCCAAUCCUCGAGCCCUGACAUACUUCAGACGGAAGUUUCCUUUUCCAUGGGAGGGAGGCAUUCAUCUACAGAUUCCAACAAAGCCUCCAGUGGAGACAUCUCCCCUUAUGACAACAACUCCCCAGUACUGUCUGAGCGCUCCCUGCUGGCUAUGCAAGAGGAGAGGGCCCGGGGGGGCUCGGAGAAGCUUUAUAAAGUGCCAGAGCAGUAUACACUGGUGGGCCACUUGCCAUCGCCAAAGUCGAAGUCAAGAGAAAGUUCUCCUGGACCAAGGCUUGGAAAAGAAAUGUCAGAGGAGCCUUUCAAUAUCUGGGGAACUUGGCAUUCAACAUUAAAAAGUGGAUCCAAAGACCCAGGAAUGACAGGUUCUUAUGGCGACAUUUUUGAAAGCAGCUCCCUCCGACCGAGGCCCUGUUCCCUUUCUCAGGGGAACCUUUCCCUGAAUUGGCCUCGGUGUCAAGGGAGCCCGACUGGGCUGGACAGUGGCACUCAGGUAAUUCGGAGGACUCAGACGGCGGCCACCGUGGAGCAGUGCAGUGUCCACCUUCCGGUGUCACGUGUCUGCAGCACUCCCCACAUCCAAGAUGGCAGCAGGGGGGCCAGGAGGCCUGCAGCCAGGUCUGAGCCAUUUUUGUCCCUAAACAGCACAGAAGACCUGGCCGAGGGCAAGGAGGAUAUUGCCUGGCUGCAAAGCCAGGCCCAACCUGUAUACCAGAGACCUCAGGAGAGUGGAAGAGAUGACAGGCGCCCCCCUCCUCCUUACCCGGGGUCAGGGAAGCCUGUCACAACUUCUGCCCAGCAGCCACUGGAGCCUCCCCUGUGGAGGCUCCAGAGGCAUGAAGAAGGUUCAGAAACAGCUGUGGAAGGAGGCCAGCAAGCCUCAGGGGAGCAUCAGACCAGGCCAAAAAAACUGAGCAGCGCCUACUCCCUCUCAGCCAGCGAGCAGGACAAACAGAACUUAGAGGAGGCCAGCUGGCUCGACUGGCAGCGAGAGCGGUGGCAGAUCUGGGAGCUUCUGUCAACUGAUAACCCCGACGCCCUCCCGGAAACCCUAGUAUAAGCCCGCCAGCAGCUGGAGCCCACCCUUCCAACAAACAUCUUCCGGUCCAGACCCGGAAAACUUGCCUAUGGACAAUUGGACACUUGUUUUUCUUUUUUGUUUUUCCACACUUUGAAAAAGCAACACAAAAGAAAGUCCACUUACAGAUUCACUUCUACCCCUGCCAUUUAUGGUAAGAUUCUAUUGCAUAGCCAGCCUUGGGAAAAACAAACAAAUAAAUAAACAAACAUGACAAUUCCCAAUCUCAAAACAACCCACAUUGGCUCUAUGUAAGAAACUCUUGCUUCGUUAUAGCUUAAUUGUAUUUGUGUCUUCAAUUUUGACUAUUGUAUAUUCUGUAACAAAUUAUGUAUAUCAAUAUGAUAUAUUCACAGAGAAGACAGAACAAUUAAAAGAAAUCACUGCACUUGUAUUACACUAUGAGAUAUAUUAAGCCACCAGAUUCUAUAUGCUCUGGAAUAUGCACAAGCGGGUAUCUGUGCUUUUUGCCAUCACUUUUUAACUGGGGACAGCCCUCCCUUCAAUGACUAAGGAAAUACUAACCAAACAAGAGAGAAAAUGAGAAGCCAUAUUUUUAUAUAGUAUUGAGACACAAAAGUUGUAGUCACUGAAUGCUUUUUCAUAGCGAGUAUGUUUUAAGGAAAUAUUAAAUUUGAUACAUUAUGAAAUAUAUUUUUAGAAUCUGUUUAGAAAGGACUCAGCGAAUGAAAUCAGAGAAAGGUGGUGCCAAAGAGUACUUAAGAGAGUUUCCAUCCUAUUCUAGGUCAAAUUUAAUUUUAUAUAGGCCACUUAUAAUAUAUAUUUAUAAUGGAUUAUUUUUAUGUAUUUUUCAAAACUACCAACUGAAAUCCAAUUUUGAAAAGUUUUAAAAUCCAAAUACACAUUCAAAUUAUAGAUCAUUUCCCCCAUCUGCCCAGUUAUUAAUAUUAGCCCAAUUACAAGCAAUUCCUUGUAAAGUAAAUCCUAUGGGGGGAGCAAAAAAGCUACAUCUUUGCGCUUACAUUGUACCAAAGGCUGAGGAAAUGUGUCUUCAGUAUCUUCAGUAAUAUUAUGUGUAUUGUAAUGUAUGUGUUACUACAGUAUACAGUACUUCAACAACUUCAAGUGUUACAACUGCAAAACCACAUUUGACCAGCAGGUGGCAGUUUGCUUCAGUAUUUUCCAUUGUUUUGUUUUGUUUUUCAAAUCAGAAGGGUCAGUGUAUUAUAUAC